AUGCAAAGUCAACAAAAAAAAAAAAAACUAAGACAAAAACAAAAACACAACAAUAACUGAUAAACACAGUUAAUUUAUUGCUGUUGUUUGCUUCAUUCGUAGAUAUCGGUCAGCUAAUCUCAGUGGUUGAGCCCAUAUUGUUCCCCAGUUGCUUUGUGCAGUCAGUUAGACUACGCCUUCCUUGGAUUCACGAUGGCCACUUACCAGAUGGGAUCGGGACAUGCAGUGCCCAUGACUUUAUUUCGGGACAAUAGGGACCGCGCCGUUAAGGCGGUCCUGGAGAAGCUCCAGCCGGGUCUUAAGUUCGCCACGGGCCACUUGGUGGUUCUUCUUGAGGGUGGCAAGGACAAGAGCCUGUACAACACCGACGUGGACUACGUGUUUCGGCAGGAGUCCUAUUUCCAGUACCUUUUCGGCGUCAAGGAACCGGGAUGUUAUGGCAUCGUCACCAUCGAUGUGAAGACGGGCGACAAGACGACCGUUCUCUUUGUGCCCCGUUUCCCCGAGGAGUACGGCACCUGGAUGGGGGAGCUGCUCAGCCCAGCAGACUUUAAGGCAAUGUACGAGGUGGACGAGGUCUUCUAUGUGGAUGAACUCAACGUCUAUCUAGAGAGGGCGGAGCCCAAACUGAUACUUACGCUGAGCGGCACCAACAGCGAUAGCGGCCUCACCCUGCAGCCCCCGGAGUUCGACGGCAAGGAGAAGUACGUGACCGACUGCGACCUGCUGUAUCCCAUUCUGUCCGAGUGCCGUGUGAUCAAGUCACCCGCAGAGAUCGAAGUGCUGCGCUACGUGGCCAAGGUAUCGUCAGACGCCCACAUCAAGGUGAUGAAGUUCAUGCGCCCUGGUCGCAUGGAGUUCGAGGGCGAGUCGCUUUUCCUGCACCAUUCCUACUCGGUAGGUGGCUGUCGGCACGCAUCCUACACCUGCAUCUGCGGCAGUGGUAUGAACUCCUCGAUCCUGCAUUACGGACAUGCCGGCGCCCCCAACAACCGUCCUGUGCAGGAUGGUGAUCUAUGUCUAUUUGACAUGGGUGCAAACUAUUGUGGCUACGCUGCGGACAUCACCUGCACAUUUCCAGCAAACGGCAAGUUUACUGCGGACCAGAAGUUUAUCUACAACGCGGUGCUGGAUGCUCGUAAUGCGGUCAUGAGCACGGCCCGCGACGGAGUGUCCUGGGUGGAUAUGCACAAGCUGGCGGGCCGCGUACUGUUGCAGCGGCUGACGGAGGGUGGCGUGCUUAAGGGCGACGUGGAUGAAAUGCUCGAAGCUGGCGUCUCAGGUGUAUUCCAGCCGCACGGUCUUGGCCAUUUGAUCGGUCUGGACGUGCACGAUGUGGGCGGUUACCUACCCAGGGAGCCGAAGCGUCCCAGUGAGCCGUGGCUGAGCAAGCUUCGCUUUGCCCGCAUCCUGAAGGCAGGCAUGUAUGUGACCAUCGAGCCGGGCUGCUACUUCAUCGACUGGGUGAUGGACCGUGCGCUGGCAGAUCCGAGCAUUGCCAAGUUCAUCAACGUGGAUAGGUUCAACAGUUUCCGCGGAUUCGGGGGAGUGCGCAUUGAGGACGAUGUGCUUAUUACCCAAAAGGGCACCGAGAAUUUCGCUAUUGUACCCCGUACCGUUGAAGAAAUCGAGGCAACCAUGAGCUCGGCAUAAACAUGACUUUCAGACCCAGAUAUCUAUCUUGGGCAAUCUGCUGUAAACAUACAUAUGCACAUGUAAUAUACUACAAUAUUCACUGUAUCAUAAUCAAAUUAUGGAUAAAGCAAUAAAUAUAUUAUUGGGAGGUCGAUACAAUCGAAA